CUUGCUGGCCACUUUUGAGUGGAAAGAUAUCUUGACGUUUGUUUGUUGUUUCCGAUGCUCCAGAAUUAUGCUUAGCUUAAAUCAACUACACUGUCUUGAAGCGGAGUGUCCAAUGGAAGAAGAUUCACCAAAAACCAAUAUAACGAUUGCUGUGGAAGGUAACAUUGGAAGUGGGAAAACAACGUUGUUAAAUUUUUUUAGAAACAAUCCCCUAGUAGAAGUAUUAGAAGAACCAGUGGCUAAAUGGCAAAAUGUUGGAGGGAAAAACCUUUUGGAGUUGUUUUACACCGACUGUCAACGUUGGAGUUACCUGUUUGAAUCUUGUGCUGUUCUUAGUCUCAUGAAAAUCCACAAGAAACCACAUGUAACUCCAGUGAAGAUGAUUGAGAGAAGUGUUUACAGUGGCUACUAUUGCUUUGAACAUAAUCUCUGUAAGAGUGGAAUGAUGACCAAAGCAGAACAUUCUGUACACAAUGAAUGGUUUGAAUGGAUUACAAAAAGACAACAACCACACCUGGAUCUGAUAAUUUACUUGAGGACAUCACCCGAAAUAUGCAUGGAAAGAAUGAAAGCCCGGUGUCGAAGUGAAGAAAAGACUAUCCCUAUGGAACUUCUUGUUGCUUUACAUGAAAGACAUGAAGAAUGGCUGAUCCAGAAAAAAUUCCCUAUCCCUGCACCAGUGAUGGUUGUUGAUGGAAACAGAGGCCUCGAGGAGAUGAUGAAAUUCUACAAGACCAAUGACCAGUACAUACUUGGGAUGAAAGAUUGGCCACAGUUACAUUGUGCUCAAGAAGUUGUGUGUUAAAAAAAAAAAAAACAUUUUAGCAAAAUAGGAAAAUAAUUUAUAGUACAGUAAACUUGCAGUGGCAUCUCACUGUUAGGCCAAACAUACGUACUGGGAAAUUCUUGGUAAUGAUUCCUUUAUCGUCAUAACUCACCAAAAAAAAAAGACGCCUGAUCGCAUGUUAAUUACCAUGUAACAAGAAUGCCUUGACGCUUCCUACAAAAUAAUACUUUUAAAAAAAUGCUUUUAAUCAAUCAAUCAUUUACUUAAUGGUAUAAUGUUUUAGAGUACCAAAGGUCAUUAAAAUGUGUACAGUGUAUGUGCAACUUAAGACAUGCUUUUAUGCAAGAAACUACAGAGUUAGAAUUAUUUGACUUCACUGUUGACGGACAUAUGGGCCAUUCCAAAUGGUUACCAAAAGUUUUUUAAGAUGCUCUUUACUGUACAUGUAAUUGUAUAUGACAUGCCACUCGCAUUGUGAAUGUUUAUCUCCUGGUAAGGGUUUGAAUGUAGUUAGUAUAGAUCAAUAUUGCUUCCUUUUAAUGUGACACCAUCGUGCAUAACUAUGUUUAUGUGUUUCUGUUGUACAAAAAAGAAAAUAUUUAUUCAUUUCUUUCUUUUUUAUGUCAAUAUUUUUUUGUCAAUCUUGUACAUCAAGUGGAAGAUUGGAAAAAGAUAGAAAGAAGGGAACCAUUAACACCUUUUUUGAAAUAAAAUGCUGAAGUUAAAUUGUUACUGAACCAGCUGUAAAUAUGAUAGCUUGUUGUAAAAUCCUUGGUGAAAAGAAUAAAAAACACGGAAAUAUCGCUUGCAAUGAUAUACAGAUGAGUGCAACUUGUCAGUUGCACUCCAGCUUAAUGAAGGUUUUUGCUUCUGGAAAAAAAAUGAAACAACAAUAGCAAAAACAAAAACUAGAGCUCCUUGUAAUUCUGACAAACAUGUAAUCUGAAUUAUUGAUAUAAUGGUCAGAGCUGCACAGCACUGUAUAUGUAGAGCUUCCAGAAUGCUGGCAUAAUGCACACUAAGUAAAAAGUAUAUAUUAAAAUAUAUGUAUAAUAUUCUGUAGCUAUUAUUCUGUACUAGCUCACAAUCUUCUUCAGUGUUUAACAGCGAGAAAUAAAAGCUUACAUGUAUGCUUAUAAUUACCAAAAACGGCUCUUUUAGGAGCUACCAAACUUAAUCGAUGUGUACUCUGAUAUUAUUAGUCUCAUGAUCAUGAAGUUCUUACUAUUCUGUAGUUUGCUAUACAAACCUAUAAAUUUCCCAUGAAAAGUGUUAACUUUAUUUAAACUUAUGGCAUGUUAUUCCAGAUGUUCUCGCAGAUAAGCUGCAUCCCCAAUUUUUAUGGAAAAAUUUGAGUAAAAAGGUGAGGCUUAUCCACCAGUGUUUACGGUAUGACUUUUACCCAUAAGUAUUAGGCAAUGCUGCUCUCAGUAGUAAUAAAAGCAAUUGGCUAGUAGAUGUAAGGGAGUGUUGAUUCCCCCCCGUCCCAAGAAGUUGUUGAGCUUUGUGAAAAAAUGCUGCAAAUGCCCCAUGGUGGGGCUAGUUCAUUUCUACGAUCUCCACGGUGGAGCUUUGGGAAGAGUGGGAAUGCCCAUUCCUUGGUUAAAGGUCAAUGGAAGUAAUAAUGAUAUUGUUCACAAAUAGAAGAAUCUUAAUGUAUACUUGUAACCACUGUAAUGGUUUUGGAAGAAAUGCAACUCUGAAAUUUAACAAAACUUAACAAAUAGUAAACAGCAUUGGGGGAGGGAUGGUCUGUGACACUAGAAAAUUAAAAGAAAUAUGAAGCUUAUUUGGAAUAUUUCCAGAGGGGUAGGAGGGAGGUGUCUUAGAAAAAUAUCGCUUUUGUGGGGAGGUAUGGAUAUUUUCUG